GUGCAUUGCGUCUUACUCCUUUGUUCCAUCAACUUCUUCUUCUGUUCCCAUGGCGUACUUCCGCUGUCGCCCGUUGACAACGAGUAACCCCAGCGUGGGCGAGAAGGGGAUGGUGUGCGUGACUGGGGCCGCCGGAUUCGUAGGGUCAUGGCUCAUUAUGAGGCUCCUUGAGCACGGCUACACUGUGAAAGCGACUGUUCGCGAUCCGAACAACUUGAGGAAGGUGAAACAUCUGCUGGAUCUUCCAAAGGCUAGCACCGAUCUUACGCUGUGGAAGGCUGACCUCGUUGACCAAGGAAGCUUCGAUGAUGCCGUGCGAGGGUGCGUGGGUGUCUUCCAUGUCGCCACUCCAAUGGAUUUCCAGUGCUCCGACCCCGAGAACGAAGUAAUAAAGCCAGCGAUAGAUGGGAUGAUGAACGUCCUCAAGUCCUGCGCAAAGGCAGGCACAGUGAGGAGGGUGGUGUUCACGUCGUCUGCUGGAACCACCUGCGUUCAUGCUCGUCGCAAGGAGGAGUACGACGAGAACUCAUGGAGCGAUGUCGAGUUCUGCAGGGCUAAGAAGAUGACUGGUUGGAUGUACUUCGUCUCAAAGACGCUGGCGGAGAAGGCAGCAUGGGAAUUUGCCGAGAAGAACCAUUUGGAUUUCAUAAGCAUCAUACCGACCUUAGUCAACGGACCAUUCAUCAUUCCCACCAUGCCUCCCAGCAUGCUCUCUGCUCUGGCUUUGGUAACAGGGAACACACCACAUUACUCGAUCUUGAACCCAGUCCAGUUUGUGCACUUGGAUGAUCUUUGCAUGGCUCACAUAUUCUUGUUCGAGCAUCCGGAAGCGAAGGGGAGAUACGUUUGCUCUUCUCACGACAUCACCAUCUCCGAUCUGGCGAAGAUGCUAACGGAGAGGUACCCUGAGUAUGACAUCCCCACCGAGUUUGAAGGGAUCGAUGAGGUAUCGGACGUGAUCAAGUUCUCCUCAAAGAAGCUUACUGACUUGGGCUUUACGUUCAAGUACAGCAUGGAGGACAUGUUCGACGGAGCAAUAGAGUCGUGCAGGGAGAAGGGAUUGCUGCCGCUGACAACCAAGAAAGAGCAGGUCGAUGGCCACAACUAGAUUUUACCAAGGGAAUAACACGUCAGAUGAUCUGUGUUGGAGAACUUCUAUCUUCUGUUCAUCUUUAUUUGGGUCAUGUAUCUCAGAGCAAUAUAGUCUCUUUGCAUCUUCUAUCCAGUUAAUAAACCGAAUCGAUGGCUUUACUAAAGGUGAUAUACGAUGACAAACAAAAAGAAGGUCA